GCUGAACCGGCGCCCCAACGGAGCGCAGCAGGCUGAACGGACGGGCGCCGCAGCCAAAACGGCCGUGGAGAGCAAGGGGCAGCAGCGGAAUGAGGACGUUUCCUAUAGACUUGCAAAACAAGCCGGUCAUUCCGGUUUUUUCAUACCUUCGCGGGCAUGUUUGAAUUCAAGAGUUGGCACAAAACACAGUUGCAAGAAACAAGGUAGGGGGAAGAACGACAGAGGGCGGGCAAGCCCCGCGCGAACGAGCGCUGCAGCCACGAGCAAGGAAUCCCAAGCUCAAUCCGGCGUCGAUUCGGAAACAGGUCUCGAUGCGUUACUCAAAAGUUCUCGCCCCGAGUAAGGAUUACUACACAAUUGCAACAAGAUAAACACUCGCAAGGUCGUCUUCCUCGUAUACGUGCAGAGGGUCAGGACGAGUACCCCCAACUAUGCACAACAACAUCGAAGAAAGGCGCCACGAAACGCGCGACGGAAUCCCUUUCCCCGAUGAAUUGCAACCAGGUAAAAGAGGAUCUGCCGACGGACUCCGCGACCCACCAAACAAGUUUUUGUUCUUCUCCGCAGCCCCGACACCACCCCUCCCGAGCGGACCACGUGUCACAGGCGCUGCCGCGCAGGCUCCCUGAUUGCUCCUCCUCUGCCCCCGCCCUCCCGAGAAGUCUGACCGGAGCUGUGGAUGAAAAUGGCGGCCGCGAAGGCGGCUGGGGCAGACGGCGGAGGAGGUGGUAGGAGCCGCUGAGUCGGGCCGGUGUCGAGAGCCCAGUCGGGAGUGACGGAGGCUCCGGGCGGCCGCGAGAGACUCGCGCGAAAUGGGGAAAAAGCUCCUACUUGAACUGUGUCUGAAGUUCUAUCAUGGCUUAUGGAAUUGUGCGCUGAUGAGCCAGGAAGUGGAGUGCUCAAGUGACUAAAGAAGAUGGGUGCUAAUGCUUCAAACUAUCCUCAUUCGUGUUCCCCAAGGGUAGGGGGAAAUUCUCAGGCACAACAGACAUUCAUAGGAACAUCAUCCUAUUCCCAUCAAGGUUAUGGCUGUGAAUCUAAACUUUAUAGCCUUGAGCAUGGCCACGAGAAACCUCAAGAUAAGAAAAAGAAAAGCUCUGGCCUUGCUACCCUCAAAAAGAAGUUUAUUAAGCGCCGAAAGUCUAACAGGUCUGCUGAUCAUGCCAAACAGAUGCGUGAGCUCCUCUCAGGCUGGGAUGUCAGGGAUGUCAAUGCAUUAGUGGAAGAGUAUGAAGGAACGUCGGCCUUAAAAGAGCUUUCUCUGCAAGCUAGUUUAGCAAGACCAGAAGCCAGGACGCUGCAGAAAGACAUGGCUGAACUGUACGAAUUUAAAUAUUGCACAGAUGUUGAUCUGAUAUUUCAAGAGACUUGCUUCCCUGUGCAUCGUGCAAUUUUGGCUGCAAGGUGCCCAUUUUUUAAGACCCUACUUUCUUCCUCACCAGAAUAUGGUGCAGAGAUUAUAAUGGAUAUCAAUACAGCUGGCAUCGACCUGCCCAUGUUUUCUGCUUUGCUACACUACCUAUACACAGGUGAAUUUGGGAUGGAAGAUUCGAGGUUUCAGAAUGUUGACAUUCUCAUGCAGCUUAGUGAGGAAUUUGGAACACCAAAUUCUCUAGAUGUUGAUAUGCGAGGGCUGUUGGAUUACAUGUGCUAUUAUGAUGUGGUUCUCAGUUUUUCAUCUGACUCUGAACUUGUUGAAGCUUAUUGUGGAAGUCAGAACUGCUUAGAUGAGGAGCUCAGAGCACACAAAGCUAUUAUUUCAUCACGCUCACCUUUCUUCCGCCAUCUACUACAGAGGAGGAUAAGAACCGGAGAAGAAAUUACAGAUCGAACUCUAAGGACUCCAACAAGGAUUAUACUAGAUGAAUCUAUCAUACCAAAAAAAUACGUGAGGGUAAUUUUAAACUGUAUGUAUACAGAUUUGGUGGAUCUCUCUAUUUUGCACAGCAGUCCAUCAGUAGGGAGUUUAAGUGAGGUCCAGGCUCUUGUAGCAGGAAAGCCAAGCAUCACAAAGGCUGAAGAAGCUAUGGAACUUUACCACAUAGCACUUUUCCUGGAGUUCAGUAUGCUUGCACAAGGCUGUGAGGAUAUUAUUGCCGAGAGCAUCUCACUGGAAACCUUAAUUGCCAUUCUCAAGUGGAGCUCCCAGGCUUAUGGCUCCAAGUGGGUAUACCGCCAAGCACUGCAUUUCCUCUGUGAGGAGUUUUCCCAAGUCAUGACUUCAGAUGUCUUUUAUGAACUUUGCAAAGACCACUUGCAAACUGCUAUCCAGUCAGACUACUUACAGGCAAGUGAACAAGAUAUCUUGAAAUACCUUGUGAAAUGGGGUGAACAUCAAUUGAUAAAAAGAAUUGCAGAUCGAGAACCCAAUUUACUGAGUGGCACGGCUCAUAGUGUGAACAAGCGUGGUGUAAAGAGGCGAGAUCUUGAUAUUGAGGAAUUAAAAGAAAUCCUUUCCCCUCUCUUACCGUUCGUCCGCACUGAGCACAUCCUGCCUACGAGUAGUGAAGUACUGACAGAUUCAAUGAAGAGAGGUCUCAUUAGUACACCUCCUUCAGACAUGCUGCCAACAGCAGAAGGGGGAAAGUCAAAUGUGUGGCUGCGACAAAAAAAUGCCGGAAUUUAUGUGAGGCCGAGGCUGUUCUCACCAUAUGUGGAGGAAGCUAAGUCACUUCUGGAUGAGAUGAUGGUAGAACAAACUGACCUUGUCCGUUUACGGAUGGUUAGAAUGUCCAAUGUACCAGAUACCCUCUACAUGGUAAACAAUGCUGUUCCACAGUGCUGUCAUAUGAUAAAUCACCAGCAAAUGACCAGUAAUCAGUCCAGUCCUCCUUCAGUUGUAGCCAAUGAAAUUCCAGUUCCUCAUCUCUCUGUUGUUAAAGAAAUGGUCAGACGGCUGCAAGAGCUCCGCCACACUGAGCAAGUCCAGCGAGCUUAUGCUCUGAACUGUGGAGAAGGAGCCACGGUCAGUUAUGAGAUUCAGAUCCGUGUAUUGAGGGAAUUUGGACUUUCUGAUUCUGCUGCUGAGUUGUUGCAGAAUCCUCACAAGUUCUUCCCUGACGAGCACUUUGGAGAUGAAAGCCCACUUCUGAGCUUGAGACAGUCAGGCCGAUGUCGUGUGAACAGCACGCCCACUGCAGAAACCAUGUUUACAGACCUAGACUCUUUUGUGGCCUUCCAUCCACCACUGCCUCCUCCCCCCCCUCCUUACCAUCCACCAGCAACUCCAGUUCACAGUCAGUUCAAAGUUGGAUGGAAGCAAAGAGCCCAGAGUCAGCAUCCCUCACGUUCUUUUUCUUACCCUUGUAACCAUUCACUCUUCCAUGCCAGAACAGCUCCCAAAGCUGCCCUGCCCAAUUAUUUCUCCAGUGUGAAAGGCACACCUCCAGAUUGCACUAAUACUACAGGCCUGGGAAGACAGACAGUUGCAGCUGCAGCAGCUGUGGUGGCUGCUGAAAAGCAAGUGGGUAUUCAGCCUGUUCUCAAUGAGCUAAUGCCGGAUAUUGCAAUGGGUGUGUCAACUAUGUCUCUGAAGGACAGGAGGCUGCCAGAGCUUACAGUGGACACAGAGCCUGUUCCAGAAGUUACACCAGGACCCCCUCAGCACAUUUCAUGCAUUCAGACGAGGCACAUACAUAGUUCACGGAAGAAACAUUCAGCUGAGCAAAAACUGGAUCCUAGAGAGAAUCAGCAGGAAUAUCCCGAUUUCUAUGAUUUCUCAAAUGCUGCAUGCAGGCCUUCUACUCCUUCCCUUGCCAGGCACAUCCCUUUACCUUCCCAAGGUAUCUAUUUUGGCCCAGAUUUAUAUAGCCACAAUAAAGCAUCACCCAACGGCUUAAAAACCACUCAGUUACCUAAUCACAUCUCUCCUAAAAAACUAGAAGAUUCUAGGAGAGACUAUGCACUUUCUCAAGAAGGGCAUUCACACAGACAAAAAAAUGAAACGAUACACCUCAAUGUCUUAGAACAACCUCCCCAGCGGUUGGACUUGGCUUUGGCUGCCCAGGAGAACCCUGGGAGUAUAUCCAUUCACGCAAGGGGACGAACAAAAAUGGAAACGGAUUUAACGUAUGGCCUAACCUCUAGUAGACCUUCCCUGCCUUUGUACAGGGAAGACAUCCAUAAUGAACCAUCUAGCAGGAGAUUGGCCAACCCGGAGCCUCUGGAAAGUGAAGUCCAGAGAAAUGCAGAUCUGGAAAGAGAAGAGGUUGUGAGUAGAGGCAGAAAGUCUCCCGACUUCCUAUACAAAAAAUCUGCCCUCUGAAAACCCUCCACCUCCACUUCUUCUCCGUGCCUAAGACUUGGGAAAGAUCAGUCUUUGAAAUCCCUGGCCUGAAAUUUUCUCUGGCCAGUUUUUUUUUUCUCCCAAUGCCAGCCUCUAUAUCAUUUUUUUUAAUUAUUAUUUUUGUAUAUACAUGGCUUCAUUGAGAAAUGGCAUGCUCCAUAUUUAUUUGGAAUGCUGCUUCAGGGUUUAUGUUUUCAACAGAGUUUGCUAAAAUUCUCAAAAAUAUAUUUUAACUGGCACCUUUAAGAGGAAAAUAAAAGGUAGCCUUUUGCACCUGUACAUUAAUUUUAUUAAUUUUUAUAUUGGUAUGUUAAACUUCUACUGUCAUAUUUUAUAGGACUGUAUGUUCAUACUAUUUUGAGUGUCUUUUUUUUAAAGAAAUCAUUUCCCAGUAUUCAGUGUGCAUUAGGCUGCAUACUUAAGAUGUAUUUUCUUACUAGAUGAUGAAAAUAUCUGUCUGUAUUUUUUAAUGACAAUAGGAAUUCCAAAGAACAGCACACUUACAAAACUGCUCUGGUUCGGUUUGUAACCUUUCUGCUUUACCACUAAUACAAGAAAUCCAGUCUAAUGUGUAAGCUCUGUUUACCAAGUCUCAGGCUGUUGAUGUAGCAAGUGCUCAAUAAUAUCUGUGGCCAGGAUUUUCUUUAAAAGUGAGGAGUACAAAUCCCUUACAAUUUCUGAAAAUAAUUCUUUUCCUUUUGGAACACGAACACUUUGAAGAAACACUUUCUAAGCCCCUUGGUGACAGGGCAACUAGUGCUUCAAAUUUGUGACAGUUCUGUAGACGUGCUUUUCUGAUUCUUCAUUUUAGAAAGACACAUAGAGGGGUAAGUAUAAGAAGGCGAGAAGAAAGCAAUUGUUUUAACAUUUGACAUGGGUGUUAAUGCUACAUUUGGGUAGAACAGCCCUCCUCAGCGGAGAAGUCAAGAGGAAUGCUUACUGCCUUUUUUCUGCCUCUGAAGAAAUCAAGGGCUGCAGUUUUAGUAACGUUAUAUAUACUUCGUUUUGUGGACAGAAAGCUUAUUGAAGAGUAAUGUCUACAACUUAAUGAGCUAUAAACAGUUUAGCACUUAAUUUCUUCAUUCCUCUCUUGAAUAGUUUGGAGUUCGUUGAAGUUGAUUAAAACGUAUUGAAAAAGAGGUUCUUUGGGGUUUUAUGAAUACGAAGAGGAGAUGCUGGGCUGAUAGAUUAUUGCCACUAAGAAUGGCCAUUUCAGCAGCCCGUUGUUUCAGGUACUUGCCACUUAUUUCUCUUGCAUGGACUGGAAAAAAUUCAGUACCACUGUGUGGUAAUACCUAGCAAAGGCUUGACUUGAUAUGGUGGUUGAUUCUAAAAUACAGCUCUUCCAUCACUUGAACCUUAGCAACAUUGAAUCUUUUUUAACAUUGUUAGCUAACCUUAAAUCUAUUUUUAAAUACCAUGCUUGAGAUUGUUGAAAUGUACAUUUUGUUUAAGUGUUUUUAAUUUUUUCUGAGCUCCUUUUUAAAAGUCUCCACUAAUCUUUUAGUUCCCAGUCUUGACCCUUUAAGGGGAAACAUUGUUAAAGAGGAAUGAGAAUGAAUACCCUGUCCAGAUAGUUUACAUUACAUUAAUUUCAAGCUUUGUGUUACAUCUUUGUGAACUGAAAAAAAUACAUUCUGUGAAAAGUUGAUUAAGUAAUAAGACAGCACUCUGAGGAUAAAAUAAUCAUUUAUUGUCACUUGUCAAGCAUCUUGUUAAUAAUCUGGAAUUUAAACAUGUUUUCUGUCAAACUUGUUUCAAGAAUGAUGCUUUGCUUCAAUUUGGGCACUGAUAAAAAUAAGAAUCCAUUAUUUUGUCAUCUCCAGUAGCAGCUCGCUCUCUCUCUCUCUCUCUCUCUCUCUCUCUCUCUCUCUCUCUCUCUCUCUCUCUCUCUCUCUCUCUCUCUCUCUCACACACACACACACACACACACACCAAAUCUGUUAUGAUUUCUGAAAGUCUUUCCUUUUUCAAAAAUGAAAUUCAAUCUUUCUAUGUAUAUUGGCUUUGUCUUGUAGAGAUCAUGGAUAGAGCUGUUUUGAUAAUUUCUUGGAUUUGGGUACACUCCCAAAACAAACUAUAGAUAAGUCUAUUUUAGAUGUUAACAUUCUAUUUCAAGUAGCUUUUUUUCCUACACCAAGCCAAUUUACUAGUAAAAUGUGAUAGAAUAUAGCAAUAGCACUUAGACUUAUAUACCGCUUCACAGUGCUUUACAGCCCUAAGCGGUUUACAGAGUCAGCAUAUUGUCCCCAACAGUCUGGGUCCUCUUGUAUGCAUGAGAAACUCAAGGCACAAAUGUUCAGUCUCAAGAGUAGCUUUGAUUAUUGAUUCAGAUAAUUCAUUUAGACUCAGUUUACUUUUUCUUUUACUGUGGAAUAGCUUAUGAGAAGCAUAAAAACAUACACUCCAUAAAUGAAGUAAGCUAUCAUUUGUAAGAAAUGUUUAAGAUAAAGGUAAUUCUGUAGCAGACCUAAGGACUGUUGUACUACUUUAAUAACCUAAGCCUAAAUAUUCCCAUUUGAGCAGAAGACCUAAAGAGUUUGGAGAGGCUGCAGAAUUCUGGCUUAUUGCUUUUUCCUCUGGGCCACAUAUAAAUGGAAUAUUAAUCCCCAUCAGCAUUCGAGCUUUGUUAAUUACUAGUGUGUUUUAAUUACAUCUCAGUGAAAUUAUCUGUGGUCCUCCAGGUAACUCUUCUGACUUUGCAUAAGGAAUUUCAUCCUAUCUACCCAUCCCUUUUUUAAAGUCAUCUUGAUUUUAUCCUGUGUUUGCAAAAAGCAAAAAAACAUUUUUUUAAAAUAUAUGUGACCCAAUAAAUCAGAGGAAUGCAAUAGUUUCCCCCCCAAUUUUGCUUAAACAAAUUAGUAAAAGAAAUUGUGUCAUAAUUGAAAUUACUUUUACAUUCAGGUGAACAGGUAAUUUACCAUGAUAUGUAUUUAAAGCUUUUGUCUUCAAAAUGCAGGACGCACAAUCAACAAAAUCUCAGCUCUUCCAUGUUACUGUAAUAAAUGAUUAUGUAUCAUUUUUCAAAGCACAGUACAUUUUUUUAAAAAAAAUCUUAAUGAAGUAUUGGAAUAAAUCCAUCCAGAGUCAUUUCGAUAUGAGAUGGGUGGCAAAUAAAUUUAAUAAAUAAAUUUGUUAGAAGUCCCAAGUAUUCUGUAAUCACAUAUAUGGCAGAGAUUGUAGCUGAACUAACAUAAAAUAGCUUCAGAUAAUUGCUAAUAUUGUUUUGAAUGCAUCCUGCAAAGGAAAAAGGGGUUUUAAACUGCAGCUGGGAUCCAUUUCCACACAUGUACAAUAUUUGAGAAUGUUUAAAUUUUUCAUAGGCACAAGGAGCUGCUUUACCAGUAUGUGGUCAGCUGCAUUUUUCAGAAGACAAAGGGCUACUAUUGUAGAGGGAAGUGCCACACAAGGCAUUUUGACAUCCACCCAAUGUGUUUACAAUUUUUUUUUUUUUUUGCAAUACUUCAAAGCUACUUCUUGUAGUCCUGCAAGCUUAAAGUAAAAUUGCCCUGCUAGCCGUUUAGUAUAUCUUGUAUUUAAGCUCGUCUUUCGGCUUUUUCUGCCUGUUAAGGAAUGGAAAAAGGCUAAUAUCUUCUCUUUCAAUACUUUUUUUUUUUACCUUGAAAUAUAAACCAUUUCCAUCUGUUAUGUAAGUUAUUUUGAAAAGGUCUGGAGAUACCACUUUUACUCUAGUUACUUCCAAUGACUGUGUGUUUGUUUAUAUGGUGGAUGGAUAUUUGUGGAAUGUUGGGGAAAGCUGAAGGAUUAAAACUGAUGUUUCUAUACUUGUAUGUAUUUCUGAAAGAUGUUAAGUGUCCAUGAUAAAAUUCUUGUGCUGUUACUGGUAUAAAAAGUGCCUUCAAUGCUAAAGGCUCAGAAAUUUUCUUAAACCCACUUCAUGUCCUAUGCAAGUGUUUUUUCUACAACCUGCAUAACCAGUACUUUGUAAAAUUUGUUUACGCUUCAAUUGUACAUAUUAUUUUUAAGAAAAAUAUAAUUUUUAUUUAGGUACCGCCUAGAAUUGAAUUCUAGUCUUGUGUGAUGCAUUGUAAAACAAUACAUUUCUCUUUUGAGUACCAUUAUAAUUGUAAAAAGGUUUUCACCUAUUUUUCUACUGUUGCUGAGAAGCAUGUUAACACUGACUUUAUCUUACAUAUAGUUGGUAUUUCAAAUAAAUGGCUUGUCUAGAAAAA